UUAAAUCUCAUAUCUGGCAUGCCGGCUUCGCUGCUCUUUCGGCCUAUAUAUUUCAUUUUUAAGAUUUCUUCUACUCUGUCUGUCCUCUGUUGAGCAGCUUUCCAACAUACACCAUUCAGUUAACGUCCAAACAGCUUACUGAAUAAAUUUUGAAAAGAAGUCAGUCAUGGAGCAAGGGCAGGUGGGUCCUACUCGCAUUGUAAUAGCCGUGAACCAGUCUUCUCUGAAAGGGUAUCCUCAUCCAUCCAUUAGCAGCAGCAAUGCGUUUGAAUGGGCUCUCAAGAAACUCAUCAGAAGCACACGCCACAAAGAUUUUAAGCUGUAUAUAUUGCACGUCCAAGUACCAGAUGAAGAUGCAUUCAAUGAUGUGGAUAGUAUCUUUGCUUGCCCAGAUGAUUUCAAGGACCUGAAGAACAGAGAAAAGAUAAAGGGCAUUCAUUUGUUAGAGUACUUUGUGAAGCGCUGCAAUGAAAUCGGGCUUGCAUGUGAAGCGUGGAUCAAAAGAGGAAAUCCAAACGAGGUGAUCUGCAAUGAAGUCAAAAGAUUGCAUCCAGAUAUUCUGGUGGUUGGCAGCCGUGUCCUUAAUCAACUUGAGAAGGUAUUUGUUGGAACUGUAAGUGAAUUUUGUUCGAAGCAUGCUGAUUGUCCCGUUAUUGUGAUCAAAAGGAAACCUGAAGACACACCACAGAAUCCUAUUGACGAUUAACUGGAUUAAGUACAUAUGAGGCAAUACAGAUUUUAUAUCAGCUGGUCAAGUGUCAUAAAUGUGGAGGGUUGAUUCUGGAUAGAUUUUUUCAGCUUUUACGUUUCAUGUAUUGUAUGUACAGUUAGUUGCCAGAAACGCGACGGUCUCCCGUCGUUUCGCGUUUCAACGGGAGAAACGCGUUUCUCGUUUCUAACGGCGUUUCUGCAGCGAAAUUCGUUUGUAAUAUGUUUUCCAUUGUUUUGAUUUCUCAGUCAAAUAAUUGUUUUCCAUUAUAAGUGGGGUAAAGUAAUUGUUUUUAACAGUAAAGUAAAUGUUUUAAAUGGUACAGUAAUUGUUUUAAACAGGUUUGAUAGUAAAGUAAAUGUUUUAAACAGAUUUGACAGUAAAGUAACUGUUUUUUAUUGAUUUAACAUUGA